GACCCCAUGAACCAUCGAUCGUAUUCCGUCGACUACUCGCACUUGGACGGUGUGACUCGCCCGCACGACUACUCGCGGUCGUGGUCCGUGUGCGAAGACUUUAGCUACUGCCCGCCGCCGGCAACGACGCGGACCGACGACGAUGACAUGCCCGACCCGUCCGUCGUGUACCCCCAGGCGACGUCAAUGGACGACAAGUGCGGGUACCGCACGGGCAAAUGCUUCAACAUGCGCGCCAUGAAGCGGAAUGGCAAGGACCACAAACUUUGCGACUUUCACCGCGAAAAGGCCAACCAGAACCAAAAGAAACUCGACCGGAAGAAGCGCAUGAAGCGAUUUGCGCCGUACCAGUCGACGCCGCGGUCGUCGUUUGUCGUCGACAAGGCGGACCCGUCCGCAUCCCCCACACGCAUUGACGAAGCGCCGGAAGUGCUCCAUUUUGACGAAGUCGCGUUCUUCUGCGACGUCAUGACCCCCGCCGAGAAACUUGCCCUCGAAGAAGCCCAUGCGAUCUUUGUGCACGACCUCCCCACAUCCGACCACGCGCUCCUGCCGCCGAUCCACGAGGCGGUCAAGGACGAAGCCCCCGAAUACGAUCACACGGCGGCCGAGUUGGACAUGCUGUUCAAGUCGGACGUCAUGUUGUUUGUCGAUCAGUUGUAAGUUAGUGUCCUAUUUAAGUCGUCCUCUCCCA